AUGGAGGACGAGAACAUUGUCAAUUUCGUGAGCAUCACGUCUUGCGAGCCUGAGAAGGCGGCCCAAUAUCUGCGCUUGACUGAGGGAAACUUCGAACAAGCCAUCCAGCUUUUUUUCGACAGCCCCAAUCUCGACCUUGGCGGCGCAACACCCUCAGCCCCGGCACAGACUGCUCCUUCGGCCUCGCGGAACCCAAUUACCAUUGACUCAGACGAUGACAUGUCAGAUUUUGACCCCACCGCACACACAUCGAACGCAUCGGCUCGACCACCACCAGCAGUGGAAGACGACGAGGCCAUGGCGCGGCGGUUACAAGAGGAGAUGUACGGCGCUGGAGGCCCGGCUGGUGAGGAGGAGGUCCGCGCCCCUAUGCAGCGCACGACGGAGACGUUGAUCGGCCCAGGCUCAAACUGGGGCCCAGCGGACGAUGACGAUGAUGUGGAUGCUCUGGUACAGGAGCAGCUAGCUCGUCGGCGAGCAGGCCGCACCGGCAUCUUCAACCAGCGACCCACCCAAAACAAUGUCUGGGACAACUCCGCAGACUCCAGCGCGCGGCGGCGUGAGCUAGCAACGGCUACGGGCGGUGCUUCAGAGCAGUCUUCGAAGAUGAACAUGCUCGCAGAACUGUUCCGACCGCCAUUUGAGAUCAUGUACCAAGGUGCAUGGGAAAAGGCACGAGACGAGGGCAAGGAGGAGGAGAAGUGGCUCAUAGUGAACAUCCAGGAUCCUGCCAUAUUCGACUGUCAGCGCCUCAAUCGGGACAUCUGGAAGAACGACGACAUCAAGGCGACGGUCCGCGAGAACUUCAUCUUCAUGCAGUAUGCCAAAGAUGACCCGCGUGGCCAGCAGUACAUCAACUACUACUUCCACGCACGCGAUAGCUCAGACGCAUACCCCCACAUCGCCAUCGUCGAUCCGCGGACAGGUGAGCAGGUCAAGGUAUGGUCUGGCCCACCCAUCCCCGAGCCCGUUGAGUUCCACGCCCAGCUGCACGAGUUCCUCGACCGCUACAGCCUGAACGUCAACGCAAAGAACCCAGUCGCGAAGCGGAAACCAGAGAGCAAGUCAAAGGAUGUGGGCCGCAUGACCGAGGAGGAGAUGCUUGAGAUGGCUCUGCAAAACAGCCUAGAAAAUGGCAAGGGUCCCCAGGACGACGAUCCAGACGCGCUCACAAAGUCCUUCGACAACAUCAAGGGCAAGGCGCCAGCACAGCAGGCAGCGCCGGAACCUGAGCCAGAACAAGAAGAGUCCAAUGGCUCUUCAAAUCCCGUGUUCGCGGCCAUCUCGGCACAAGCCCCACACACCGAGCCUACCGUCAAUGACCCCAAGAUCACCACGCGCAUACAAUUUCGCGGCCCUUCAGGUCGCCCUAUUGUGCGACGCUUCAACCUCUCCGACCCAGUCCGUCGCAUAUACGAAUGGAUCAAGUCCGACCACCCUUGGGAAGGUAAGGAGGGUGCUGAGUUCGACCUCGCUUUCAUGGGCAAGAACCUGAUCGAACACCUGGACUCCUCUAUUGAGGAGGUUGGGCUCAAGAGCGCUAGUGUCAUGGUAGAGUUCACUGAGUAG